AGCCGGUCUACUUCUUCUCUAUCUCCUCGUCGUCGUCGGCAACAAAAAAAAGGGGAAAACCUUCUCCGUUCAUCUUAACAUCCCAAUUCCCAUUGCUCGACGGCCAAGGAAAGUGAACAUACUAGUUCUCACGGCCGAAAACUUUCUGCUUUCCAAUUCAGCUUGUCAUCUACAGGAAUGAGAGCUCUAGCUCCGCUGCUGCGUUCGGCCCUCAACAAUGCCCCGACUGGACGCAUCCAGCUGCUGGAUCCAUCCGCCAAAUCCCUCUCCACCAACGCUGCUGCUGCUUCGGAGCCUACCGAUGACUUCGCGCAGCGGUUAUUUCGAAAGUCAGACCAAGGUGGGAUGGGCUUCUACCGACAGCUCGAGAAGGCGCAGAAGGUGCUGCACCAGCGGCCGCCGUCGUCCGCGAGCGUUGGGGGCGCGGGGGAUAGCGGAAGUUACAACACUUUGCAAGACGGGAUGGAUCAGAAGCUGAAGAACAGCGCCAUGGCCUUCAGGUUCGAUUCAGUUUCUGGUGGUGGCACCUCCUUCGCCAACAAACAGGAUCCCGGUGGUAUUCAGCCGAACCCGAGCUUGUACCUUCGCCCGUUUAAUGACUCAAAGUUUUGUCCAUGGAAGCAACAACGACCCUAUAGACCGCGACCCAGAUAUGAAUUCAAAGUAACUACCGAGGAAGUUCUGCAAAAGGCAGAUUUCAGGAAUGUUAGGUUCCUUGCGAACUUUAUAACAGAGGCUGGAAUCAUUGUCAAGAGGAGUAAGACUGGUAUAAGUGCCAAAGCCCAGAGGAAAAUUGCCAGGGAGAUUAAAACAGCUCGAGCUUUCGGCCUAUUGCCUUUCACAACCAUGGGGACAAAAUCAUUCGUCUUUGGCCAAACUAUGGAUGAAGCAGAAUCUCCUGUAGCAAAACCUCCGGGCUACCAGUAGCUAUAGCUGCUAAUUAGAGCAGAACAGUCAUUGUUGCCUUAAUCCUCCCCUACAACCGUUGUUGCAUGUUCAUAUGCAAGCGAUGUUUCUUCGUUUCUUUCCUUUAGUUUAGUGUGAAGUUGAGGGUCCAAGUCAUCGUGGGAACGAGACUAAUUUUGUCGAGCGAUAAUAUCCCUUGUGCACUUCUGUAACUCUUGAGUUCAAUGGCCUCUUUGAUAUAGGUAAAGGGAAAUUUUCUGUUAUCUGGCUCUUGACAUUGUUUAGGCAUUUACACUGAACAUGUCAUUUCAGCAGAGUCUAAAAGAGAUAGAAGACCGUUAUGAUACUAGAUUUGCCCUUUUCUUUUCCUUCUUCUCUGUUCCAUUUUGAUGUCAAUGGACCUUGUAUCUAAGCCUGCAUCUAACCGACCCUAUUCAUGCGAUGACCAAUGCUUUUGCAUUGUUGUGCAUCUAGGGGUAAUUAUUGUCUAGAUACUCCGAAAUUCUAUCGAGCUGAUGUAGGAC